AUGGAACCUUUUCCUGGCUCUCAAAGGCCUGAGAUGUCUUCAAGUAAAGAAACAUCCUCUCGUUCACGACGAAAUAGUAUUUCUGGUCAAUCUGUUUCUCGCACUACGUCUUCUACUCCUCAUCCACAAGGCAUACACUAUGAUCUGCCGAGACCGAGCACUUCGGCCAGUCAACUUACAUCUACCUCGUACAAUGGCAGUCGAUCAGCAACAAGCAUGUCGCACUCAAAUCCCUCAAGACAGCGCCGUCAUACAAGUACUGCUUCAGGGCGUAAGUCUCGCGCAACCUCUUCUGUCUGGGGCUCCGAGCCACACGAGAUCAUUUGUGCUGUCACCGAAGCUCGUGGUGUAUCGCCUACUGUUGGACUUGCUUUCGUCAAUAUCACUACAAAUGAGGCUAUUCUAAGCCAGAUAUGUGACUCUCAAUUUUAUGUCAAGACGGUUCACAAGAUACAGAUGUAUGAGCCAUCUACAAUCCUAAUUGUCAAGACAGCGUUUCCCCCACACCCUAAAUCUAGCUUGGUCUCAAUUAUAGAGGAAGAACUUCCCAAUGUAACUAUCGAGCCUCUCGAUCGUAAGUACUGGUCCGAGAAUGCCGGUCUCGAGUUCAUCCAAAAUCUGGCAUUCAGAGAAGACCUGGAGGCCAUUAAGGUGGCAAUUGAGGGCAACUUCUACGCUACAUGCUCGUUUGCUGCGGCUAUUAAGUACGUAGAGCUUUCUUGCUGCGUAUCAAUCGCAUCUCACUCGUUGCGGGUCAGCUAUCGACCAUCAGAGAAUACAAUGAUGAUCGAUAUCUCCACCAUUCACUCUCUCGAACUCAUACAAAAUCUGCAGAAUGCAAAAUCAAAAGACUGUCUCCUCGGCCUCCUGAACGAGACUCUUACACCAAUGGGUUUAAGAAUGUUACGAAGCAACAUACUCCAGCCUUCUUGUCAAGUUGAAAAUACCCUUACCCCUCGUUAUGAUGCUUUAGAUGAACUCACCGUGAAAGAAGACAUGUUCUUCGAAAUACGAAAGGCUCUUAAGGGGUUUGUAGACAUGGAGAAACUUCUCACUGCGCUUGUCAUCGUGCCCAACCAGUCGUCGAUCCAAAACUCAGCGCAAGCUAUCAAUAAUAUUCUAAGUGUCAAGGCUUUCAUCACUGCUGUGUCUUCUUUGUAUGAAGCAUUGGGCGCUGCACGUUCAGAUUUACUAACUAGAAUCCGCGAAAUAUGUCGUCCCGAGCUCACUCAACCCGUCGCAGAUCUCAUCUCUGAUACAAUCAAUGAAGAUGUGACAGCUACGAAAUCAUCUCUUGACAUGAGAAAUCAGAGAACAUAUGCAGUCAAGACAUACAAGGAGGCAACAGAAGAUGUUGGACAACACAUUGAAGACAUAAUAAGAGAUCAUGAUAUCAACCCUGAGCUUCGAUUCGAUGACAACCGCAAGUAUUGGCUACGCCUAAGACAGAGCGACUUCGAAGACAAAGAUAUCCCAGAGAUUCUCAUCAAUAAAGUUUCCAAGGGUAAUUGGAUUGAAUGCCAAACCCUAGUCUUAGUCCAAGUCAACCACCGCAUUACAGAUUCUUACAACGAGGCAAUAAUGCUCAGCGACAAAUUAGUUCAGGAACUCCUAGACGCGAUUCGAGCUCACGUACCGAAUCUUUUUCGCGUAUGUGAAAGCAUUGCGCUUUUAGAUAUGAUGGCGGCGUUCGGUCAGUCUGCUACGACAAGAGACUAUGUAAGACCUGAGGUUGGUAGUGCUUUAGCCCUCAAAGGGGCAAGGCAUCCUAUUUGCGAACGAGCCAACACGGAACAAUUUGUUCCCAAUGAUGUCUUCGCCAAUGAGCAACACCGAUUCCAAAUCAUCACCGGCUGUAAUAUGAGCGGCAAGAGCACUUACAUCCGAAUGAUACCGCUCCUCCAAGUAAUGGCUCAGAUCGGCUCUUUUGUGCCAGCACAAUAUGCUGCCUUUCCAGUGAUUCAACAACUUUUCGUGAGAAUGUCUACAGAUGAUAGCAUCGAGGCUAACAUGUCUACCUUCUCACUUGAAAUGAGGGAAAUGGCAUUUAUAUUGAGAAAUGUCAAUGAAAAAAGCUUAACCAUCAUCGAUGAACUUGGUCGUGGGACUAGCACAAGAGAUGGCCUAGCUAUUGCACUCGCCAUUUCCGAAGCCUUGAUCCAGAGCAAUUCUCUGGUGUGGUUUGCAACUCAUUUUCAGCAACUUGCGAAAGUAUUGGGGAGUAGACCAGGAGCCCUAAAUCUGCACCUUGCCACCGAAACCCACACUAUGGAUAGCGGCAAUCCAAAGAUGACCAUGUUAUAUAAGAUUACCUCGGGACCUAUGCAGGAAGAAAAUUACGGCCUCAAUCUUGCACGUGCAAUUGGAUUCCCAGAACGAUUCAUUGAAAUCGCAGAAGACGUUUCAAAGACGCUUGCGGAGACCAUCGAGAGGAAGAAGCAAGACUCGCAGACCAGGAGGCUACUUCGGCGCCGAAAGCUAAUUCUGAACUUGUAUGACACUCUCCUUCAAUUAAAAGAGUCAGAUAUGGACGAUGCUGCUUUGGGUAGCUACCUUAAAAGGCUUCAAGACGAGUUUGUAUCUAGAAUGGAUGACAUUGAACGCGAUAAACAAAUUGAAGAAGAAUCGCCAUGA